GAGAGAGAGAGAGAGAGAGAGAGAGAGAGAGAGAGAGAGGGGAACGGUAAUUUUGGAUCUGCAUCUGUUCAGGGCAGUUUUCACAUUAUGACUGCGCAGACGAUAAAGAAAAAAACCGGACACUUCUCAUUAGUGUUGGACUGCGCACCAUGUGUCCUGGGAAAACUGACGGGAGCAUCUUUUUGCGAUUAAUGGACACUGCGCGAAAUGAUGACAACGGUGCAUAAACUGAGACAAGAUUUACACAGAACUUUAUGAAACAUAUUAGUGCUGAACAUCGCUUCAUGGAGAGUUAGUGGGGCUGUUGGACAGCGUUCGGGGUGUACAAGUCGGGUUUUCUACGUUGAAGUUGUUGGAUGUACUUUUUAACGCUAGCGUUUUUAAAAUCUGUGUUUACUUCUAAGCCAUGGCACAAUAUUUCUUUUACUUAUUCGCUCUGUUGGCUCUGAUUUUGCCUGGAGAUAUUUGGGGAGCGGGAACUUACGCGUCAAGAUACACUCAACAUGUGGAUGAGAGUCAGUCUGGAUCUGCUGCACAGAGUGGAUCUAAGAUGACCAGCAGACAUAGAAACUGGUGUGCCUACGUAGUGACACGAACUGUAAGCUGUGUAAUGGAAGAUGGAGUGGAGACCUAUGUGAAACCUGAAUACCAGCGCUGUGCUUGGGGACAAUGUUCCCAUGCGGUUUUGUAUCGGACUUAUAGAAGACCACGGUACAAGGUUGCCUAUAAAAUGGUCACAGAGAUGGAAUGGAAGUGCUGUCGUGGUUACUCAGGUGAUGACUGUGGUGAAGGCUCCUCUGCCACACAGGACAGCAGUGGCAGACAGACUGGUGAAGAAGGGAGAAGUGAUAACAAGAUUGGACAACUUGAGGAACAAAUUCAAAACUUGAAUAAAGACCUUCACAACCUCCAGUCAACUUUAUACAACAUGAAUAAGAAAAUUCAUGAGGGAUCUCGAAGGGAAGGCAUCAGUGGCAGCAACAAUCUGGCCGACGCUGCCCAGCCAGGGAUGAAGGAGACCAUUCACAGCAUCCAGACCAAACUGGACAUGCUGGACAACAUGACACAGGUCCAUGACAAGACCCUCACAAGCAUCAACAACCACCUCGUGGGCGGCAAUGGAAUUGGAAACGAGUUGGACAGUCGGUAUGGCACAUUUAAAGAGGAGAUUCUCAGGGAGCUGGAACGGCGGGUGACGCUAUCUUGCUCGUCUUGCCAAACUGGAGUGGAGAGCAUUCAAAGGCAACAGCAGGAAGACCGAGAGAGGAUCCGUGAGUUGGAGAAGCACAUCAGCGUGAUGGAGCAGCACCACCGUCAAAGUGUAGAGAUGCUUGAGAGGGAGCUAUCACGCUCUCAGAGUUGCUGUGAUUCCCUGAGCGAUCUUGACAGGAGGCUUGGGGCCAUUGAGAGGAAGGUCAGUUCGACAGCAGAGACAUACGAUAUCCUUAGAGGACGUCUUGAGAAAGAGUUGAGAGGAUCAGGCAAUGGAAAUGGUGGUCGAGGAAAAGCACUUGAUGAAAAACUGAACAGUCGUCUUAGAGACCUGGAGAGAAGACUGAAUGGGACUGUGAGAAAAACCGAGCAAAAAUGCUACCAUACUGAAACAAGUAUGAAGGAGUUUGUCCAGAGAGAGAUCGGCCAGAUAAAGAACUCUGUCCUCAAUCGAAAUGAUGAUCAUGGUUAUAGAAUAUCUACCAUGGAAAUAGACGUCCAAGACUUGAAACGUUUCUUGAAUGAUCACAAAACUAACCUGGAACGGUUAGGGAACAAAACAAAUGAUCUCGACAGCGGGCUUAAAUCAGCGAUUCAUUUGUGCACAGAGACGUGCGGUCCAAAAGGGAGUGAGACAGCAGAUACUGUGAAAAGCCUGGAAUGGAAGCUUAUUGCCAAUGAGGAGGACAUUAAGAAGUUUGACACCAAGCUAAAGGAUUUAAGUGUGUCUGGUGACUCCUUACUUGACCGUAUUGAAGAUCUAAGCCAUGACAUCCAAAAAAUUAAGGAUCUGACAGGACACGACGGAGAACACUUUAACCAAAUCGUCACCGAUGUAGAGAAUAUGGGACGUGAUUGCGACGUAUGUACUUCGAUAGAUAACGAGCUCAAAAAAAUAAGAAACAUAACCAGCUAUUCUUUUAACACGUUCCAGGAAGAACUUACAGAUUUACGCAGAAAGGUCGAUUCAGAUGAGAAUGCUUGCUCGCAGGUAUGCUCAAACCUCCAGGAGGAAGUGGGCAAAUUAAAAGAAGAGGUAGAGAAAUGCACAGGCCAAUGCAUGAACCACAUGACUGACAUUCAAAGGAACAUAGAUAAACAAAACACCAUAACUCGCAGGCUUGGCAAAGACCUUAAUUCCAUUCAGGGUGAGCUCACAGGAGUAAUCCAAAUGUUUAACUCCGUCAAUGACACUCUGAAAGGCCUCAGAAACACCAUACAGAGGCACGGCAACUCUAUUUCUGAUCUGGACACGUCUCAGGACAAAAUUUACUCAGAGUUAGAUAAGAUUCAGGAUGAUUUUAACAAGCACAAAGAAGACAGUAAAGGACGUUUUGACGGCAUCAGUAGCUUUAACAGCAAUUUGAUGAUUGAAAUGGGAGAAUGCAAACUUUCUCGAGAAGGGCUGGAUAAGAGGCUCUCGAAGUUAGAGGGUGUCUGUAGUAGACUGGAUUUAUUGUCAGAGAACCUUCAGAUUAUCAAGGAUGGCCUGAGCAAACAUGUCUCUGGGCUUUGGACAUGUGUUAAUGACCUAAACUCCACAGUUAUUUCUCAUGGUGAGGCCAUCAAUAGCAUUCAUGAUGUUCACUUAGGGAACAUUCAUGGCAGGAUGAACAACCUCAACUCUUCCAUACUGCAUGUUCUCAAGGAGUUCCAGAUCUUCACUGAACAGGACUUUACUGGACCUCCUGGACUACCUGGUCCUCAAGGAGAAAGAGGAUCCAAAGGACCACCUGGGCCACGAGGACCUCCAGGCAGAGAAGGACCACAAGGGAAAGUGGGGCCAGUAGGACCCCCAGGCCUCAGAGGUGAACAAGGACCUCCCGGAGAGGAUGCCAACGUUCCAAGACUGUCAUUCUCAGCAGCACUCACAAAACCACAAGACAAUGCAGGCACUAUUGUCUUCGACAUGGUCUUUGUCAAUGAAAGAAAGGCCUACAAUCAAAAGACAGGUAUGUUCACUGCUCCUGUGAAUGGGCGAUACUUCUUCAGCGCAGUCCUGACAGGUCACAAGAAUGUCAAGAUUGAGGCAGUCUUGUCCAGAUCUAAUCAGGGUAUUGCCCGCGGAGAUUCAGCAGGAUAUCAGCCUGAGGGUCUUGAGAAACCCAUGGCCGAGGCACGGCACACUCCUGGCUCCCUGGUCAUCUUCAACAUCAUACUUCCUCUGCAGGAGGGAGAGACUGUCUACAUUGACCUGGUCACAGGUAAACUUGCCGGCUCAGUGGAGCCCCUGACGAUCUUCAGUGGGAUGUUGCUCUACGAGGAAACAGAGAACAGAUAAGACCCAUCUGAGACUCAGUGAGGACAAUGUCAGAUGUAAAAAUUUGUAUCUGGACAAAUGGUGAAUUUUUUUGAGGAACACUUUUACAUUCAGUGUUGAAUAAGGUUUAUGAUAUAAAAUGUAUGCAGGUUUCGUUUAUAACAGGCCAUGAGGACACACAAGAUGGAAAUAUUUAUCUAUUAUCAGAACAAUGAACUGAAAUUUGUAUAUGGUUAUGUUUUUUACAUUUUAUUCUUGAAUGGCAAAUUAUAUAUGUUACAUAUACUAUAUGUGAUUGGCCAUGUUUGCUUAUAUUGAAAUGCAGCUGGAAGCAGCAAAGAUCUUUCUAAAAAAUCUAGCCCAUCCAUGUCACUUGUUGCCCCCAGAAGAUAUGAGAAUGAGUGACUGUAAACCUAGGAUAGGAUUCAAGUGGAAUAUCUUACAUAAUUAUACAAUAACCUAAUGCAAUCUUUAUUUGAAGGGUCAAAAUACUCUCAAAUUACUGAUUUACAUCUGAACUAUAAACUUCCAUCCUAGUACUUAUUUGAAGGUGAUUUGAAUGUUUGUUACAUGCAAAUAAAGAUAAUUUGUGGUUGUCAGCAGGGGCAUUGCUAGACCCUUAAAACAUCUCGUUCCCCAGUAAAAUUUUGUUGUUUUGUACGUUUGAAAAGGUUUUGUCAGCUGAAAACUUCAAGAUCUUGAUACAAGUAAAAACAUAAGCUGUAUGUGGAUGCUGUGAUGUUCAAUCUGCCAGCAACUGAGAAAAGACUGAGAGAAAUCCAAUCUGAGAAAGAUAGCCUAUAUAUGUUCUCUUUUUAAAAAAAAUAUUGUGUAAAUGUACAGUUAAGUACAUGCUAAAGUCCUUUCUGCCCGCUUACAGUAUUUUUCAUUAGAAAUGCUGUGAUCAUGCCCUCAGAACGCUAACACAAAAACCAAUGCAUGUGAAAAGCACAAAUGCAAUUUAUUUUUUAAAUAGCAUCACACUGCUAUAGAUACAAUUCUUUGACAUUUACCAGCCAACCAGUAUAGCUUCACUAAAAUACACCUCAAGAAGACUCCAAAUAUGGAUCUUUGUGUAACAUUGUUGUGGUUUCAUAAUAGAAUGAAGAUUUUUUUUUCUUAAGAUGGAUGCAAUAAACUUUACACAUGAUAUUUUCUAUUA